CGUAGGGGUGUGACGCGUUGUGCGCGUGCGUGGGGCCGGCAUUGGAUGCCCAUUGCGUUAUGUCUGUAGAACAUCUGUGAACUCUUAGCAACUUUUAUAGGAACUUUAUCUUCGUUGUUUUUGGGCAGGGAGAAUAGCAGAUCAAAUACAGAAAUGGAGUGGUUGCCUGCUUGUGACUCUGCAGACAUGCAGGGUCAAUCUCAGAUUGCUGCUCUUGUCAAUCCUGCUGCAGUUGACCCUCUGAAUCAGAAAAGAUUCCAUAAUUCAGACAUGGAUAUGGGCCCCGACGGUAAGCGGCCGCCGGUGAUGGGCGACCCGUUCGGCGCCGGGCCCGGCCUGGCCGCCAUGCGCGACAACGGCGGCGUCGGCGGCGUCGAGUCUGAGGACAUGACGGUGCCCGACCGCAUGGUGGGCCUCAUCAUCGGCCGCGGCGGCGAGUCCAUAUCGCGGCUGCAGGCCGAGAGCGGCGCCAAGAUCCAGAUGUCUCCGCAGGCCAUGGAGAUGAGCAACGAGCGGCUGUGCACCCUGACCGGCUCGCGCGCCGCCAUCGAGCGCGCCAAGGAGCUCAUCAACGCCAUCGUGGCGUCACGCGCCAACGAGCGCGACCGAGACCGGAUGAUGGGCGGCGCCGGCGGCCUGGGCGACAUGAUGGUGGGCAGCGGCGACCAGCCCGGCCAGAGUACCGACGAGAUGAUCGUGCCCAGCUCCAAGGUCGGACUCAUCAUCGGCAAGGGAGGCGAAACGAUAAAGCAGCUGCAGGACAAGAGCGGCUCGAAAAUGGUCGUCAUACAAGACGGUAUUUACGCCAACGCCCCCGAGAAGCCUCUCCGAAUCAGCGGCGAUCCGAAGCAGAUCGAGCACGCCAAACAGCUGGUGGUGGAGCUGAUGGCCGAAAAGGACAACUUCUGCCCGCCCGGCGGACGCAUGGGCAGCUUCGGAGGACGCGGCUUCGGCGGCGGCACUACGGCUGAGAUCACCGUGCCGCAGGCAGCCGUCGGCGUGGUGAUCGGAAAGGGCGGAGAGAUGAUAAAGAAGAUCCAGAACGACACCGGUGCCAACAUUCAGUUCCAACAGAACAUCUCGGGCCGUAACGAGCGCACGGCCACCGUCAGUGGCACGCCCGACCAGAUCGAGCACGCCAAGGUGAUCGUCCAGGAUCUGAUCGAGAGUGUGAUGAAGCGCGACCAACAGAUGGGCGGCUUCGGCGGGGGUCGGAACGGCAACUGGGGCGGGGGUGGCGCCGCAGCCGGCGGCGGCUUCGGCCGCGGCCCCAUGGGCAGGGACGGCAAACAGGAGAUCAGCUUCCCCGUGCCGGCCAACAAGUGCGGCAUCGUGAUCGGCAAGGGCGGCGAGACCAUCAAGGCCAUCAACAUGCAGUCGGGAGCGCACUGCGAGCUCGACCGGCGACCGCCGCCCAACCCCAACGAGAAGAUAUUCCUGGUGAAAGGCAGUCCUGACCAGGUGGAGCACGCCAAACGACUGAUCUGCGAGAAAGUCGGCAUACCGUACGGUCCUGGCGGACCAGGAGGUCCAGGAGGGCCCGGUGGUCCUGGCGGACCGUUCGGCGGUCCCGGCGGUCCCCCGGGCGGACCGGGUGGUCCCGGUGGCUACCCGCCGCAGGGCUGGGGCAACAACUUCCACCAGCCGGGCGUGUGGGGCCAGCAGCAGAACGAGCCGCCCAAGCAGGACAACAGCUGGAACAGCUACUACCCGCAGUACUACGGCGGCCAGGGCACGCAGGCGCCCGGCGCCGCGCCCCGACAGCAGCCGCAGAGCUCACCAGCGACCGGCUCGAAUCUGAGCGGUCAGCCGGGUCAGCCCGACUACAGCGCUCAGUGGGCCGAGUACUACCGCAACAUGGGCAUGGUGCGUGAGGCGGAGGCCAUCGAGCAGCAGAGCAAGCUGAAGGCGGCCAGCGGCGGCGACCCGGGCGGCGCUCCGGCGGCCGGCGGCGCCGCCCAGCCAGCCGCCAACGGCACCCAGGCCGACUACAGCGCCCAGUGGGUGGAGUACUACCGAUCACAGGGCCUGGUCACCGAGGCGGCCAACCUCGAGCAGCAGAUCAAACUGACAAAGCAGCAGCAGUCUGCGGCGGCGCCGGCGGCCUCCGUGGCUGGCGGCGCGCCGGCCGGCUACCAGCCCCAGCAGCACAGCUUCGCAGGGGCGUACGGCGCCGGCGCGCCCGGCGGGUACGGCCAGUACGGCGCGUACCCGGGCGCCGGCGACAACUAGCGCUGGUCUUCACCGACGGUCACUUGUCUGUAGUGUCGAUACCCGAUGUGCCCCGUUCGCUGAAUACGCUGUCUACCAGUUGUUUUGUUGGUGUAUGAUUUUUCGCUGCGCUAUUCACUCAUCCACCUUUGUCUCUAUCUCUCUGCGCGGGGCGCGGGGCAGCACUGGGCGGCCGGAGGGCGCCGGCCGCCGCCCCGCACCCCGCCCUGGUGUGCGUGUGCUGCUGCCGCUGCUGCCGCUGUUGCUACUGCUGGUGACGCCGCUGUUUUAAUUUGCUGUAACUGUCUGUCCGUCUUUGCCGCGCUGUGCGUUGGGCGGGGCCGGAGGAGCGGCGGCCGCGCGCGGCGCCGUCGCUCCGCGCGGCCCCGGCCGGCCGGCGGCGGCGCGGCUGCCUCUGGCCGCGCGGGCCCCCUCUCCUCGGUGGUGUGUUGUCGGCCGCGCUGCUGCGGCUCGUGUCCUCUGUGCGGGUCACUGUGGGGGAUGGGCGGGGCGCUGUCAGGUGCCGACUCAAUGAGCUGUUUAACCCGGCAGUUG